AUGGAACACAGCAAUCAUAGCAGGGACAUCCAGUCAGGGCCAGCACCGGUCACCAACGGAACUCGAAGAAGCCAAAAUAAGUCGGUCCGAGUGAGCUUUGGUCCAGAACCAGACUCCGUUCUGCCAACACGCGAUCGCUCGCCCAGGCCACUAAGUAGCCAACCGCGGUCACUUACCGAGGUGGAAUCCCAACAGUCAUCUCUACCACCGCCAGUACAUCGACCAAACGGCUCCUUCAAUGGUAACUCUGGGGCUACACCCGUGGAAAAUGCCAUUCCUCCAAGUCGGUCUGCCAUCAAUGGUCGUCCAGGGUCGCUUCAGCGUGCAAAAAGCGACUACGGGCCCAGGUCUGUAGUCAGCAGUAAAGGUACCACUAGUGAUGAUGACGACUUUGCUAUGAGACAUGGAUGGCAAGAAGAGUAUACGUCUACAGAAUAUUUGAAAUUACUCCAUUCGAAUUUCUAUAUGUACUUUACCGAAAAACGACAUGAAACAAGCGGUCCACCUAGAGAUCUAGCUGGAAGCUGGGCGAUCCAGGAAUGGCGUAUGAGGGACCGAUUAAAAACCGUGUCUGCAGCGCUCGCAAUUUGUCUAAAUAUCGGCGUUGAUCCUCCGGACGUUGUCAAGACGAACCCUUCCGCUAAGCUGGAGUGUUGGGUGGAUCCUACAGGUACUGCCGGCGGCCAGAAUAAGGUCAUGGAGCAGAUCGGAAAGAAAUUGCAAGAGCAAUAUGAAAAUCUCAGUUUAAGGACAAGAUACAAGCAAUACUUGGAUCCGUCUGUGGACGAGACUAAGAAGUUCUGUAUCUCUCUUCGUCGGAAUGCGAAAGACGAACGAGUCCUAUUCCAUUACAAUGGGCAUGGUGUUCCAUUGCCAACCCAGUCGGGGGAGAUCUGGGUUUUCAACAAAAACUACACUCAGUACAUUCCAGUCUCUCUAUAUGAUCUUCAAUCAUGGCUCGCUGGGCCAAGUUUGUUUGUCUUUGAUGUUUCUCAUGCGGGUAAUAUUUUGCUUAACUUCCAGAGUUUCGUCGAGAAACACGAGAGAGAGAAUCUCGAAGCCAAGAAGAGGGACCCCGACGCACCUGUUCAGAACUACUCUGACUGUAUUUUGCUGGCUGCUUGCCAGAAGUCUGAGACUCUACCAACAAACCCCGACCUACCCGCAGAUCUUUUUACCUGCUGUCUUACUACGCCAAUUGAUAUCGCACUGCGAUAUUUCAUUCUGCAAAAUCCUCUGAACGCCAAUUUUAAAGUGGAUGAGAAGAUUCCUGGGCGCUUGCAGGACCGCAGGAGUCCACUAGGAGAAUUGAACUGGAUCUUCACCGCUAUCACCGAUACAAUUGCUUGGAAUACUCUGCCUCGUCCUCUGUUCAAGAAGCUUUUUAGGCAAGACCUCAUGGUUGCGGCUUUGUUCCGAAAUUUUCUGCUCUCUGAGCGCAUCAUGCGAACAUACCAAUGCCAUCCCAUGUCUUCUCCCAAGCUGCCGGAAACUCAUAGUCAUCCACUCUGGCAAAGCUGGGAUCUAGCAAUCGAAAUGGUUCUCAGCCAGCUGCCGGCUCUGGUGGACCAUGAGGAAGGUCGAAGACAAUACGAAUAUCAACAUUCUACAUUUUUUGCCGAACAAUUGACUGCAUUUGAGGUUUAUCUUUCCUCCGGGCCGACGGAGAAGAAUCCACCGGAUCAGUUACCAAUUGUCUUGCAAGUACUAUUAAGCCAGGCCCAUCGCUUACGGGCUCUCAUACUACUAAGCAAGUUUCUAGACCUGGGCCCUUGGGCUGUUCACCUGGCCCUCAGUAUAGGUAUCUUCCCUUAUGUUGUCAAACUAUUACAGUCAGCCGCGCAGGAAUUGAAGCCGGUCAUGGUCUUCAUAUGGGCUCGAAUCAUGGCUGUGGAUCACUCUGUCCAGAAUGAUCUUUUGAAGGAUAACGGUAUUCAUUAUUUUAUCACCAUUUUGAACCCUUCGUCGCCAAUCCCUGUCGGCAAUGCCAGUGAGCACCGAGCGAUGUGUGCUUUUAUCGUCUCGAUAUUCUGCAAGAACUACCCUCAGGGUCAGAAUGUCUGUCUCUCUGCAGAGCUUUUUGACUCUUGUUUAAGCCACCUGAUGGAUGUGGAGAAUCCUCUACUUCGGCAAUGGUCUUGUCUAUGCUUGAGUAUGCUCUGGGUAAACUUCCCUGAUGCGAAGUGGAUGGGUAUUCGUUAUGCUGCGCCACAGAGACUCUGCGAUCUUACUCUCGACCCUGUUCCAGAGGUGCGCGCUGCCAUGCUGCAUGCACUCACGAAUUUCUUGGGUAUUCCAGACUUGACGCAUCAAGUUGCAAAAAUCGAGGAGUUCAUUGCUAUGGCAGUCCUUCCGAUGGCCGCUGAUGGCAGUGUCUUAGUAAGAAAGGAACUUUUAGUCUUCUUUUCCACAUUCGUUAAACGAUACGAAAACAAAUUCCUCGUCGCCGCAUAUGAGGAGCUUGUAGAAGAAAAGCGUUCGAUGCUCAGUCGGGCACAGAACGAGCUCUCACUACAAGGUGAAAAAUUCGCGAUCAAUGCAGAUGACUCAAGUGAAAAUUCGCCUUCUCUAUCCCAUAAUACAACUGUUGGAACAAUGUGGAAGCAGCUUCUGAUUUUGUCUGUUGACCCGCAUCCUGAAAUUGCUCAAGACGGCAGCACGAUUGUGGACUACAUUCAUCUCGCUCUGUUGCAAUCUCCCAUGGCUGAGAUGGCUACCAAGGCUCGCGACGAUAUUAUGGAAAUUUCAAGCUGCUUAAAGUCAAACAAGCCGCAACUUGCUGAGCCCGUGGAGUUCAAAGCGGCACCCGGUCCUACUCCCGCUCAGCCUCAGCAAAAACACGAAGGUUAUUUCUCUUUGAGCAUGAGACGUACCGCCAGUGUUGCAGCGUCUCUCAAGAAUCUUGCGUUCGGCCCACCGACUCAAUCUGAUCAGGAGACUCUAUCGCCGACAUUGUCUCAACACAAGGGAUCGCCCACUAAAAGUAGGCCCCCGAUAACACCCCGCGGACGAGCUCCGCCUGAAUGGACAAGACCACCUGAAGUAAACGACCAGGUAGCCCCGGCGACAGCAUAUCAUCAAGCGCCGGAACCUCUAUCGAGAGGAUUUGAGCCAAAGGAUGCCAAUAUUGCUCCGUCCAUUCCACUUAAAAGCCGGUUCUUGGAUUGGUCUACAGAGUAUUUUCGAGAGCCGCAGAUGAAACCAAAUGAGCCUGACGAGCCAGGUAGCGCUGACUACAAUGAACGUCUAUGGCGGAGAAGUCGAAAUGAAAGGAUCAUAGCCGAGACGCAGCCACUUAAAGAGAAGGCUGGAAGCAGUCGCUGGCACAAUUCUACGGCCUUGUUAACAAAUGACACACAGCCUAUGAAAAUGUCUUUUCAUCAAUUCGAGGAUCAUCUUGCCAUCGGGGAUGACCGCGACACUAUAUCUAUCUGGGACUGGCAACGGAACCUUUGCCUCAAUCGAUUCUCUAAUGGCAACCCUCCUGGAUCAAAGAUCAACGAGAUUCGUUACAUCAACGAAGACGACCAGGCGCUAUUAAUGACCGGGUCCUCGGAUGGAGUUUUGAAGGUUUAUCGAAACUACGAGACGCGCAAGAAAAUCGAAGUUGUCACUGCAUUCCGGGCAUUGCCUGAACUAAUUCCCAGUAACAGAAAUGCCGGAUUAGUUUUUGACUGGCAGCAAGGUCAAGGAAAGGCUCUUGUUGCAGGUGAUGUUAAAGUAAUUAGAGUUUGGAACGCUGCCACGGAAGUUUGUACGAACGACAUAUCUGCACGUUCCGGAUCUUGCAUCACCUCCUUAACAUCUGAUCAAGUUGCGGGAAAUAUUUUCAUUGCAGGGUUUGGGGAUGGUGCAGUUCGCGUUUUCGAUCAGCGGCUCAAGUCUACAGCAGCCAUGGUCAAGGUAUGGCGAGAACACAAGCAGUGGAUCACCAACGUCCACAUGCAGCGUGGAGGCGUGAGGGAGCUCAUAUCUGGAAGUCGAAACGGAGAAAUUCGGCUGUGGGAUCUCCGCAUGAAUGACCCGAUCAAUACGAUUCAUGCGACGAAAGAUACCCUUCGGACGCUGAGCGUUCAUGAGCACGCGCCUGUCUUCACAGUGUAUGUCCUUCUGCUUGCUUUGUUUUCCUAA